UAGUCUCCAAGGUGCCACAAGGACUCCUCAUUGUGUUUGCUGAUACAGACUAACACGGCUACCACUCUGAAACCUGUCUCGUGGGAUUUACGGGAUUUAAGGUUUUUGUGGCUGGGAGGGGGAUGAAAAUGCAAAAACCAAAGCCGGGCACUUGAAUAAUAGGAACGGGACAGAAUUCAAAACAGUCCCGCUCACGGCUCUGGUCUGAGGCCUGAUGUGUGGUGCCCCUCACUGGCGGCUGCCCCCCCCCGGGCAGACCCAGCGCUCCCCGUGUCUCAGGCCAACUUUUGCUGCUCUCCCCCAUUGCCAGGAGCCCUCAUUGCCCCGGGCAGCCGAGCUCCCAGGCUGGGCUGCGCCCACCCCCUGGGGGCUGCUCCCCGCUCUGCAGCCAGGCCACGGCCCCUGGGAGCGCUGCCAGCCCCAGGGCCCAGCAGGGUUCAAUGGCUCCUCACCCCUCCUCUCCUCACAGAUGAUCGGUGCGAGCCCUCCCUGGGGCAUCGAAUGGAACCAGGACCCUCCCUCUCUUGCUCCAUGGGGGCCACCUGCCCCCAUCGCCCCUCCUGGUACGACCGAGAUGGCGCGCGGCGGAGCCCAGGGCAAACCCUGGGCGGGGCUGGGGCGACCAAGCUGCGAAUAUCCCCAUCCCAGCUGGACCCCGGCACGGUGCUGAGAUGCCAGGUGGAUGGAUACAGGGAUGAGUGUGACUCUGCCCAAUCCCAGCCCCUGGGGACAGUCACCCGCAACGUGCCCAGGGUCGAGGUUUCGUGGCCGGCAGGGAAGGCAGCGCUGAGGAAAGGUGACGGUUUUACCCUGCGCUGCCAGGCUGCUGCCCUGCGGCCCAUCGCCGGGUACAUCUGGUCCCACGGGGACGUGUGGCUGACAGGAGCCAGGCAGGAUUUACGUGUUGACAAGGCAGCCGUCUCUGAUGGAGGGAGCUACGCGUGCGGGGUCUGGGUCUCCGGCCCCGGCUGGGGGUAUCUGAGCCUCUCUGCGAGGGAAUCGGUCGAAGUUCAGUACGCCCCCACAGGUGUCCGUGUUACGGCAGCCUCAGGCACCAGCCCGCGGGAAGGGGAAUCGGUGACACUAACGUGCAGUUACAACAGCAGCCUCCCCGCCCCCACCUCCUACGCCUGGUACCGGGGCGACCGGCAGCUGGGGGGAUCCCAGCAGGAAAUGGUGUUGAAGAGCAUCACGGCGGAGCAGGCUGGGGAGUAUCACUGCCAGGCCACCAAUGGGAUCGGCCAGUCCCCGUCCCCCCCCAUCAACAUCAGUGUGCGGUACGCCCCCACAGGUGUCCGUGUUAUGGCAGCGCCGGGCACCAGCCUGCAGGAAGGGGAAUCGGUGACACUAACGUGCAGUUACAACAGCAGCCUCCCCGCCCCCACCUCCUACGCCUGGUACCGGGGCGACCGGCAGCUGGGGGGAUCCCAGCAGGAAAUGGUGUUGAAGAACAUCACGGCGGAGCAGGCUGGGGAGUAUCACUGCCAGGCCGCCAAUGGGAUCGGCCAGUCCUGGUCCCCCCGCAUCACCAUCACUGUGCAGUUCACCCCCUCUGUGUGGGCACCCGCGUACAUCAUAGGACCUACAGUUGCACUUGUCCUAUUGCUGCUGGUGGGGCUGGUCGGCGUCAUAGCUUGGAGUAAGAUGCGGCGCAAACGCCAGGGAAUGAGCAGCAAUGCGCAGCAGCCGGGCCCGGGGGAGACCCCGAUGUCUGAACGCAUCUACGAGAACGCCCAGGACUAUGGCCUGGGGCAGCCAGCCCGCCUGGCCCCACCCGGGCCCCCCAGCGCGACCACCGAGCUGCACCCGGGAUCUCAGGCCGGCACCGGGCAAUCCCACAUCUACAGCCAUCCGAUGAACAGGGGCAAAGUACCGCAGGGUGACCCGGACGAGGUCCAGUACUCGGCCAUCCAGCUGCAGCCUCCCACCCAGAGAGCGGAGCCUGCCGCCGACCUCACCUGCGAAUACGCUGCUAUUAAGCGCUAGCAUCCAGCUGCAGCUCCCCUGGCGCCUCCCCCCAUGGCCGCCAGCCAGCUGCACACGCUUGCUGCUAGCGCCGGCUUCUCGGCCAGGGAUCCCGCGAGGCAGCGGAGGGGCAAGGAGGAGACACGAGACAAACAGAUUUCCACGGCCAGAAGGGGCCAGUUUGAUCGGCUGGUCUGACCUGGGCCAGAGCCGACCCCCCACAUUCAGGGGCGACCUCCGGUGGAAUCCUGCGUCGGCUGCGCGGCCCCCCAGUUCCAGACGCACAGAGAUCACUUGGGGAGGGGCCAGAGAAGAGCCAGGAGAACGACUCCAGGAUGGGAAGCCAGGCCUGAGUCAGACGCCAGGCGCUCAGUCUAUCCAGCGUCACACGGAGAAGGCUGAGGGGUGACUCAGUCCCCUCUAGAAAUACCCCCGGGGACAGAGCUCUGGUGAGAGCGGCCGCUCAGUCUAGCAGGCCAAGAUCCAGCGGGCGGGAAGGUGAAGCUCGACAAAUUCAGACUGGAAACAAGGUGGGAAUUUAUACCAGGGAGGGGAAUUAACCCUGGGAACGAUUUACCCAGGGCUGGGGCAGGUUCUCCGUCAGGGAGGCCACUCAUCCGGUUUUCACCCGGACAGGCUGGGUUUCGGCUUGUGUGUCCGGGUGCCAGGUGACAAUCCUGGUGUCCAUUUUUUUUAUCUGGGGGGAAGAGGUAGAGCAGGGAUGAGGCCUGGGG